CUAUCAAACGCAAUUUAUCGCUAUUUGAAAAUCGAAUUCAACUCACUUAACUUAUUGGCAGUUUAUUUGGUCUUUAGCAUAAUAUGUACCUUCUUAAGUACGCAAAUAAUUUAUAAAAUUAUUAUUAAUUUAAGGAGAAUAAAUUUAUUACUUUUGAAUUUCCCACAUUUUUUCCUGUCAAAGGUGACGCGUGACUUUUAACCUAACUUUUUUAAUACGCCAUUAAAGCAAGAAGUCACUUGAAUUUUACAUUCCUUAUUUUUACCUUACAGUAUUUUAAUUUGUACUUAAAAUGUUACGAAACUCAGCUUUUCGUGUUCAGGCAUUAUUGAAGAAUGCUAACAAAGUUUCUAAGCCAAUUUCAUGUGGGGGUAUUAGGUGUAUGUCCAAAGAAAAUACGGAAACUGACGCCCAAUUUGAUCAACGUUACGAAAAAUUUUUCAACAACCCAGACAUUGAUGGCUGGGAUAUCAGACGAGGAGUCACUGAUUUGUGGGGUCACGAUUUAGUUCCUGAACCUAUUAUCCUUACAGCUGCUUUGAAAGCUUGCCGCAGAGUAAAUGACUUAGCUUUGGCCAUCAGAAUUCUGGAAGCUCUUAAGGAUAAAUGUGGAAAUAAAGUAGAUGAAAUUUAUCCAUGGUAUAUCCAGGAACUUAGACCAACUUUGACUGAGCUAGGCAUUCCAACUCCAGAGGAGUUGGGAUACAAUAAACCAGAAUUUGCUUUAAAAGAUGUCGAUGAUAUGUAAUUAAAAUUAUUUUUAUGGCUUUUAGUGGUAUUUAGUAUAAUAAUUAAUAACAGUUAUAUGCAGGGGACCAAUACAUGUUACAAGUUACAAACAAGAUAAAUUUAUGGAAGCUAUAAA